UUCCUCGUUCGAUUGUGAUCUCUGCACGGCAAAACGAUUCACGUUCUCACUAAUUGUUAUCGACGUUCGCGCUUUCGAUUCAAUUCAAUGGUUUUGCUGUUAGGUCCCUCCACCUUCUUCUCCGGCGGACGUCGCCGGAGCAGGGAGCUCAGAAUCGCCGUAGCUGGCGACGCAUCCACCGGAAAAUCCACCCUCAUUGCCGCCAUGGCUUCCGGCUCUUACUCCGAAUCGGUUCCACCGCUGCUCCCUCCCACGCGGUUGCCUCAUAAUUUGUUCAAUGAUUCCGUUCCCCUCAUCCUUAUUGACACUCCUUCAAGUUUGGACAAACAAGGCACGUGCAAUGAGGAAUUGAAGCAAGCUGAUGCAGUGGUUUUAACGUAUGAUUGUGAGGAACGUGCAACCUUUGAGCGUUUGAGUAGUUACUGGCUUCCCGAGCUACGCCGGUUAGAGGUGAAGGCACCGGUGGUUGUGGUUGGUUGUAAGCUAGAUCUGCGGGAUGAUAGUCGGCUAGUGAGCUUAGAGAGUUUCACUUCACAGAUCAUGCAACAAUUCAAGGAAGUUGUUACCUGUAUUGAAUGUUCUGCAGCUACGAUGUAUCAGGUCCCUGAAGUUUUCUAUUUUGCACAAAAAUCAGUACUGCAUCCAGUCGAUCCAUUGUUUGAUUAUGAAAGAAAUGCUUUAACAGAUAGAUGUGUAAGGGCAUUAAGAAGAAUAUUUGUAAUCUGUGAUCAAGACAUGGAUGGUGCCCUAAAUGAUGAAGAACUAAAUGAAUAUCAGGUUAGAUGCUUCAAUGCACCAUUGCAGCCAUCUGAAAUAGCAAGAGUCAAAAGACUUAUAGAGCAGAAAGUACCUGAAGGAGUAAACUAUACUGGUCUUACUUUUCCAGGCUUUAUUUAUAUCCAUAAUAUGUAUCUAAAGAAAGGAAGUACAGAGACAUUUUGGACAGUUCUAAGAAAGUUUGGGUAUGAUAAUAAUUUAAAACUCCGGGAUGAUUGCCUUCCAGUUCCAUCUAAGAAGGCUCCUGAUCAGAGUGUGGAGCUAACAAGUGAAGCUAUAGAGUUUUUGAAUGGUACCUUUCGAUUGUUGGAUACAGAUAAAGAUCGAUCCCUAUGCCCUGCAGAAGUUGAUAAGCUUUUUAAUACUGCUCCAGAGAGUCCAUGGAAUGAUGCUCCAUACAAGGAUGCAACCGAGAAAACUAGCAUGGGUUAUGCAUCUCUGAAGGGAUUUCUGUCUCAGUGGGCCCUCAUGACAUUACUUGAUCCAACACUUAGCUUGGCUAAUUUGAUUUACAUUGGAUAUAGUGGUAAUCCUGCUACAGCUUUGCAAGUUACUCGUAGAAGAUCAGCAGACCGCAAGAAGCAAACAACAGAAAGAAAUGUGUUCCAAUGCUAUGUUCUUGGUUCUAAAAAUGCAGGGAAAUCUGCUUUGCUGAAUUCAUUCUUGGAAAGGCCUUUCUCAGAUAGUUAUACUCCUACAACAGUUGAACAGUAUGCAGCAAAUGUAGUUGAACUAAUUGGGGGAACUAGGAAAACUCUCAUAUUGUGUGAGAUACCAGAGGAUGGCGUAUCAAAGUUUUUGUCAAAUCAGAAUUGUUUGGCUGCAUGUGAUGUAGCUCUUUUUGUGUAUGACAGCUCAGAUGAACAUUCAUGGAGGAAAUCCAGAGAUUUACUUGAGAGGGUUGUUAGAAAAGGAGAACUAACUGGCUAUAGAGUUCCUUGCCUCCUCAUUGCUGCUAAGGAUGAUUUAACUCCCCAUCCGAGGGCGUUACUGGAUUCAGUAAAGGUUGCUCAACAAUUGGGAAUAGAGGUACCUAUUCAUGUAAGUAUGAAAUUGGAUGACUCAAGUUAUGUGUACCAGAAGAUUGUCAAGGCUGCAGAACACCCUCAUUUGAACAUUCCAGAGAGUGAGACUGCAAAGAAAAGAAAACAACAGCAGCAAUUUUUCUAUCAAUCUCUUAUGUUUGCCUUAGUUGGAGCAGCUGUUGCAGCAUUUGGUUUGUCAGUGAGCCGAGCACGUGCCAUAAAGAAAAGUUCAGUUACUUAGUCAUCAAAAAACUAUUCAACUGCACCAGUAGUUUUUUUCUAAUAACAUUAACUAUUGACUGCAUUGACUGUGCAUUAGAGUGGUUUUGGAUACCCUAAAGUUAAAAAUAUACGAUGUAUAGUUCUUGUAAUCAUAUUUAUUUUUUUGUUGUGAGAAUGCUUUAAUAAGGCUACCUAUUUAUAUAUAUAGUUUUUCUUUUCUUUAA